AUACACCUUUUUUUUUCCCCCAUUCCCUCAAAAUUCACCAAAGCAAAUUUUCUGUGGGAAGCAAAUUUGAGAGUGGAGGUUUUAUCUUGAAGAGAUGAAUUGCAACUAGUAAUUGUGGUUAUAACAAUGCUUUGUUGAUGUAUAUAUGGAGUGAAAGUGCUGUAAUUCUGCUCGUUUUAAGAGACGCCAUGUGUUCGACAAAAUGCCUCAACACCCUGUGAUGAAGCCAUGUGUUCGACAAAAUGCCUCAACACCCUGUGAUGAAGUUUUGAAAUUUUGAAGUGUUGGUGCUUUGGUUGUUGAGCAACAACAAUGGCUCAAGGUUUUGUUAAUCCAUAAGAAUUCGCAUUCUUAGCAAUUUGCUCAAUAGUGAUGUAAUUCGACAAUAUUCCUUGGUAAUUCUCUUCAGUCAAGUUAAAGAUACUCUAAACUGGAAGGUAUAUCCUAAAUUUCAUUCUAAAUUUCAUUCUGGGAGACAUUGAAAGGCAAACUUGCUUGAAUUGGAAAGCAAGGAUAAAAGGUAUUGCCUUUAAUGAGUUCUUUGUUAUCAAGCAACUUCCUCUUUUAAUUUGACAAUGACUCUGUUGCUUGCAAUUGCUUCUCCAGAAGAAGCAAUGUCCAAUGGCAUAUGUGACAUUGACUGGCUAGGGCAACAGAGCCAGGAUUUCUGGGUUUUCUUUCUUUUAAGGUUUCCUAACCAAAACUUAGCUGACAAAGUUAAGUAACCGUUUAUUGUUCUUAUCUUUGUCUUGUUAUGGAUGCUUCUUGUAAAGCUGUGUGGAUAGGCUGUUACUUGUUGUACCUAUUAAUAGUACAGAAGUUUCAGUGUUCAGAGAAAGCUCAAAAGUACUCCAUAUAGGAUGCUAGCACCAAAAUCUUAAAUUCUACAAACAUGUCAAGAGAUAAAUUCAUUAUUUAUUCACUUGCUCUGCAUCAACUUCUUCUUUUGAUCUUGAUAAGUGUAGCAACCAUAAGCGCGGAUGAUCAAAAGAACUUUUACGUUGUUUACUUGGGAGAUGAUCCAAUAUCAAGAGACUCCGCAGCCCAAACACAUAUUAGUCUCCUCUCAUCAAUCAAGGGAAGUGAUCUUGAUGCCAAGGAGUCCAUCAUCUACAGCUAUACAUAUGGCUUCAAUGCAUUUGCUGCGAAGCUAUCUAAAAAUGAAGCGCAGAAACUUUCUUUGAAGGAUGAAGUGCUUACUGUGUUCCCAAAUCGAUAUCACAAGCUACACACGACAAAGUCGUGGGACUUUGUUGGACUUCCUCAAACAGCUAGAAGAAAUUUGAAGGUGGAGGAAAACAUCGUUGUCGGUCUAAUGGACACAGGGAUCACUCCGCAAUCCGAGAGCUUUAGGGACGAUGGGUUCAGUCCUCCACCCAAAAAAUGGAAAGGAACUUGUGAUCACUAUGCUAAUUUCACAGGAUGUAACAACAAACUAAUAGGAGCCAGAUACUUCAAGCUUGAUGGCUUUCCAGACCCCAAUGACAUCUUAUCUCCAGUAGACGUGGAUGGCCACGGCACACACACAUCAUCAACAUUAGCAGGAAACGUAGUUCCAGAUGCAAAUCUAUUUGGACUGGCCAAAGGUGCAGCACGCGGUGCAGUGCCAUAUGCCAGGGUGGCUAUGUACAAAGUGUGUUGGGCUAGCAGUGGUUGCUCAGACAUGGACAUACUUGCUGCAUUUGAUGCUGCCAUACAUGAUGGUGUGGACGUUAUAUCGAUUUCAAUUGGUGGUAUGACUGGUGAUUAUGUAUCAGAUGCAAUAGGAAUAGGCGCAUUUCAUGCCUUGAAGACGGGUAUCAUUACUGUGGCAUCGGCUGGGAAUGAUGGACCUAGCUUUGGUAGCUUGUCCAACCAUGCUCCUUGGCUCUUGACUGUUGCUGCUAGCGGCAUUGAUAGGGAGUUUAGGAGUGAAGUUGAAUUGGGGAAUGGAAAGACUGUUUCAGGAAUUGGAGUGAACACAUUUGAAGCAAAGCAGAAAUUAUAUCCACUUGUUAGUGGGGUUGAUGUCGCAAAGAACUCUGAAAGCAAGGAAAUGGCCAGGUUCUGUCUUCAGGAAUCAAUAGAUCCCAAUAAGGUGAAGGGAAAGCUUGUUUACUGCAAACUUCAAGAGUGGGGUACUGAUGCUGUUGUGAAAGGAAAUGGAGGGAUAGGUGUCAUCAUCGAAAGUGGGCAGUUUCUUGAUGCUGCCCAGAUUUACAUGACACCAGGGACCAUGGUAAACGAAACCGUUGGUGAUGUAAUCAGUAAUUAUAUACAUUCAACAAGAUCACCAUCAGCUGUUAUAUACAGAUCACAGGAGGUAAAAAUUGCUGCGCCAUUUGUCGCUUCAUUUUCUUCAAGAGGUCCAAAUCCAGUAACGGAACACCUUCUCAAGCCUGAUAUUGCAGCUCCUGGCAUUGACAUUUUGGCAUCUUACACUCCUUUGAAGUCACUUACCGGGCUGAAAGGCGAUACCCUGUACUCAAAAUUUACAAUCUUGUCAGGGACCUCCAUGGCAUGUCCACAUGUUGCAGGUGCAGCAGCUUAUAUAAAGUCCUUCCACCCAAAUUGGACUGCAGCAGCAAUUAAGUCUGCCAUCUUGACCACAGCCAAACAAAUGAGCCGGAGGAUGAACAAUGAAGCAGAAUUUGCGUACGGUGCAGGCCAAGUUAACCCGGCUAGAGCAAUAAGCCCUGGAUUAGUCUAUGACAUGGAUGAAAUGAGCUACAUUCAAUUUCUUUGCCAUGAGGGCUACAAUGGAUCAUCUUUAUCCGUCUUAAUUGGUUCGAAAUCUAUCAAUUGCUCCUCUUUACUCCCUGGACUUGGAUAUGAUGCUAUUAACUAUCCUACUAUGCAGCUAAGUGUGAGAAAUAAAAAGGAGCCAACAGUAGGUGUUUUCCGGAGGAGUGUUACGAAUGUCGGUCCUUCUGUAUCCAUCUACAAUGCCACCAUUAAGGCCCCCAAAGGAGUGAACAUCACUGUCAAGCCUACAACUCUCUCGUUCACUCGUACACUACAGAAGAAAAGCUUCAAGGUUGUGGUGGAGGCGAAUCCCAUGUCGAGAGCAAUAAUAUUAUCAGGCUCACUUGUUUGGAAAAGCUCUCGUUAUGCUGUGAGGAGUCCUAUUGUCAUCUACAAAGCAGCAGAGUAAUAAUGCUCAUAUCAAACAGUAUGAAAAUACAGAAUCAACGAAGAGAGAGUUUGUGCAAUGACAAUAAAAGGAAAAGAAGAAAUACACUGUGUGUAAAUAUGAAGCAAGUAAUAAAAAUGGACAUGGCUAUGGUGCAUUGUUUAUCAUGCCAUUGUUUACUUUUUUU